CCGGCAUAUCUCGAAAAAUACGAGAAACCAUCCAAGAUUGCCACGACUCGGACAAUGUAUGCAUCGGCCCGCGUCUGGUCGCGACCAUCAAAGUACAAAGGUCCGCCCUCGCCGACUUCGAUCACAAUUUCAUUUGUCGCGUCUCGGCCACCACCACCUGAAGCUACCAUGGGCAACAACAACUCCGCGCCGCCGCCACCGACCGCCCCGCCGACACCGUCGCUCUACUUGUCCCCCGGCGCGUCGCUCGUGACGCAAAGCGUCCCCGAAAACGGCGCGCUGGCAUUGGACUGCGGCAACACCAUGCUCCAGAUCUCGCGCAUCAUCUUUGCCUCGUACGGUCUCCCCGACGGGUUGGGACUCGGUGCCACGUACGGCUGGUGCUACGCGGGCUCGUCGCCGAAUGUCCUCGAGUCCAGCUGCGUCGGCAAAAAGUCGUGCUCGGUCGGCGCCAACAACGGCGUGUUUGGCGACCCGUGUGUGGGCACUGUCAAGCGCCUCACGGUGACGGCCGAGUGUACGGCGGUUCCCUCGUACCAGACGUGGGCCAGCGUCGCAGAGCACCAGACGCUCAAGCUGGAGUGCGCCAACGGCUACGUCAUUACCAAGGUCGACUAUGGCUCGUACGGCACGCCCAACGGGUACACGAACGGGUGGUGCAACGCCAAGUCGAGUGUCGACGUUCUCUCCAAGCUCUGCGUGGGCCAGGCUUCGUGCAAUGUGCCGGCGGAGAACGCCAUCUUUGUCGACCCGUGCGUGGGUACGUUCAAGGCGCUGGCGGCCAAGGUCACGUGUGGUCUCGGCGCGGCGCCGGAAGCCAUCUCGACGCCGUUCAUUACCCCGAGCUGCAACAACGCGCUCUAGUCGGCUCGUCAAUCCAUGUCGCUAACUGUCUGCUAACUCGAAGUCGAGUUGAUGUCUGUUAUAUUCUGCAUACGAAC